AUGGGGAAAGACCUGAAGUCACAGUUCAGCUGGCUGCACAAGCAGAGCAUCAACGAAGAUACCCGUAUCAAUCUCAAGAAGCUGCCACAUGUCAGAUACCAAUACCCAAGUCUAGGUGAGAUCCAUCAGUUCAUGCUGGACUUUGAACUUCAAGCUGCGCACCAGACCGACGAACAAAGCGGAUACCGCGGAUAUGACCCCGAUCACUACGUGUAUGAUAGGCAGAAGGGCGACGGUAAGUCUCUGAGGAGGGCCUUCGAAGCAGCUAGUCUAGAAGGCUCCAGUCGAGCAGCGGCCUUGCCCAAGGCCGGUCCCAUGCAAGAACUAGCGGAUGCCCCAGGCGCUGGCUCCUUGGCACUGGGUCAUUUCGGCCGUUCAACGCAGGUUUUCGCGGCCCAAUUCCAGAGCUACACCUCAACAUUCAACAUUGUAACCACCGACUUUGUCUACACUGACCAAGAUGGUCAGCGAAUUCCCGUCACGGUAUUCAUGCAUCUGUAUCUGGAAAAGGAGCCCGCAGACUACGCGUUCUACUCGGCGCCCACCCGAAGAUAUCACACGUCCACCAUUGCUCAUUCGAGGUCUAUGACUACGACACACAGCAUCUUGGCCAUUAUACAUUACCCGAGGAAUGCAGCGGGUAGUCCAGGGCCUCAAAUCGCCAACGAACCUGGCCCCGCAGGGAUCUCUGCAUUUCACCAAGUCGCCAUCGGCUUACGCUGCGGAUCCAAGCACAACGAUUACUUGUGA